AUGUCCAUCGACGAAUAUCUGAAUAAAUUUAACAAGCUGGAAAAAUAUUCUCACUUCCAGAGAGCUCCGCUUACUGAGGAAGAUCUGAUGUUUAAAUUUCAAAGAGGACUACAUGAUAACAUUUCUGAAAAGCUUGCAGGACAUUCUUCUGACACUUUCAUGGAAAUUAUCAGUAAGUUUAAAUAUAUUCAAGAGUAUUAUAGAAAAAAGAACAAGGACCAAGCUACUUCUAAGUCUAGUCCUAAAAACACUUCUGGGAAUUCUAAAGGGAAAUGUUUACAGGUUAAACAAUCUGAUGGCAAGUUCAAGAAGGCUGGAAAUUCAAAGUCUGGGAAUUUUAAAUCUUCUCCUCAGUGCUCUACAUGUGGUAAGAUUCAUUCUGGGGUUUCCAGGAAAGAACAAAGACUUUGUUAUAAAUGUGACCAAGUUGGCCAUUUCAUUAAGGACUGUCCCUUUAACGGGGGACAGGUUUCUACCAUUCAGGCUACUCCGGCUCCUAUGGUGGUUGAGGAACCAUCUCUACCUCUUCCACCUCCAUUUUCUCGAGUGUAUGCAAUGACUCAGCAAGAGGCUGAGAGUAAGACCAUUUAUGUCUCCUCUAAUGACGAAGAGAGAGAGUCUCCUUAUCUGUCUGUUCUUCGGGUUGUAAAGGCCUUGAAGGAAGGAGAUUCUGGGUUUAUUCUAUUUGUAGGUCUGGUUGGUAUCAAUAAAGAGCCAAUAUCUGAUAUCCCUAUUGUCUCUGAGUUUGAAGAUGUCUUUCUGGAUGAAAUUCCACACUUUCCGCUAGAGAGAGAAAUUGAAUUCUCAAUUGACUUGUUGUCUGGUAAAGCCAAUGUGGUGGCCGAUGCUUUAAGCAGAAAGGCGCUUUGUAUAGCUAAUAUGAUGAUUUCUAAGUAUGAUUUCAUUGAGAAGUUUAGGGAUCUCAACAUUCCUGUGAAUACAGAAGAUAGCUCGUAUUUGUUGACUAUUACGGUAGUCCAGAACUCGUUAGUUGAGCGGCUUAAAGAGGCUCAAUUACUUGAUGAAGAGGUUCAGUCUAUGAAAGAACAGGACUUUGUAUCUACUGAUACGUUCGGUCUUAAGUUUUAUAAAGAUCGGAUCAUUGUUUCCAAGGGUCAGAUGGUGGAUGAGGUGUUGGCUGAGGCCCAUAUGGGUAUGGCUCCCUAUGAGGCUUUGUAUGGCCGUAGGUGCAGGGCACCUACUAGCUGGUCAGAAAUUGGUGAGAGACAGUUAUUUAAGCCUGAUAUGGUCCAGGAAAAUACUGAUCAGAUUAUAAUGAUUAAGGAUCGACUAAAGAAAGCACAGAGCCGCAAAAGGCUUCGCAAAUAUGUACAUGAUGCAUCCAACAUUGUCCAGCAGGACGAUAUUAAGGUAAAGAAAGAUUUGAAAUUUGUUGUGGGACCACUGAAGGUUCUGGCUCGCGAUGAGAAAGUAUUGAGGAACAGGGUUAUUCCCAUGAUCAAGGUACAAUGGGAAGGCUCCUCUGAGAUUCUCUGCAUUCCAAGUGAACGUGAUGCGCUUCUGAGGUUCAAACAUCAUCUCCAAGAUCCUUCAAAUAGACUCUCUUCUUGGAAUGCUUCCAAUCCCAAUUGCUGCCAUUGGGAAGGAGUUGUUUGCAGUAACAACCUAACUGCCCACAUUCUUCAGCUUCACCUCAACACUUCAGUACCUGAUUAUUACUUGUAUCCUGAUUUUCAUGAUGCUUAUGAGAGGUCGAGGUUUAGUGGUGAGACUCUGCAAGCUCUUCCUUCUUUGAUGGAGUUACGCUUGCCAGCAUGUACGCUCAAUUAUUAUAAACAGCCAUCAACAGUAAAUUUCUCAUCUCUCAUCACUCUUGAUCUUUCAGAUACAAAUUCUUUUGUCCCAAAGUGGAUAUUUGAACUGAGGAAAAUUGUUUCUCUUAAUCUAAGAGGAAAUAACAUUCAAGUUUCAAUUCCUGAUGGUAUUCAAAACCUCACAUUACUUGAAAAUCUCGACUUGUCUGAAAAUUCAUUCUCUAUACCUGAUUGGUUAUACAGUCUUCAUCAUCUCAAGUUCUUGGACCUAGGAUGGAACAACUUGCAUGGGACUAUUUCUGAUGACCUGGGAAAUUUGACUUCCCUUGUUGGACUCGAUUUGUCAGUAAAUCAACUUGAAGGAAAAAUUCCAUCUUCUUUGGGAAAUUUGACUUCUCUUGUUAGACUUGAUUUGUCCAACAACUCAAUUCGUGGUGCACUUCCUACAUCAUUUGCAAAACUUUCAUCAUUAAGAAAUCUUGAUCUGUCAAAAAAUCAAUUUCAUGGAAACCCAUUUGAAGUUCUUAAAUCCUUAUCUAAAUUGUCAUAUCUUAAUAUUGAUGACAAUCUUUUUCAAGGAGUUGUGAAGGAAGAUGACCUUGCAAAUCUUUCGAGUUUAACAGAAUUUUGUGCAUCAGGGAACAAUUUGACUUUAAAAGUUGGUCCCAAUUGGCAUCCUACUUUUCAAGUUAUUGAAUUGAGAACGAGGUCGUGGCAGUUAGGUUCCAACUUUCCUUCAUGGAUUCAGUCACAAAAGGAUCUUCGCAUUUUGGAUAUGUCCAACACAGGGAUUUCAGAUUCUAUCCCCACAUGGUUUUGGGAAACAGUUUCUCAUGCUUCUGUUUAUGUAAACCUAUCUCAUAAUCAUAUCCACAGUGAGCUUGCUAAUACAUUAAAGUAUCCGAUAUCUACUGAAAUCAUUGAUCUAAGCUCAAAUCACUUGCACGGGAAAUUACCCCAUCUAUCUCAUGGUGUUAUUUGGUUAGAUCUUUCAAGCAAUUCAUUCUCUGGAUCCCUGACUGAUUUAUUAUGUCAAAAACAAGAUGAGCCAAUGCUUUUAGAAUUUUUCAAUCUUGGAGCAAAUAAUUUAUCAGGGGAAAUACCUAAUUGUUGGAUAAUAUGGCCAGAUCUCAUGGACGUGAAUUUACAAAGAAAUCGUUUUGUUGGGUACUUGCCCCCAUCCAUGGGUUCCUUAGCUAAGCUAGACUCUUUGAACAUCCAUAACAACUCACUAUCUGGAAUAUUUCCUCCCAUUUUGAAGAACACUACAAAGUUGAUUUCCUUGGACCUUGGGGAAAAUAAACUUACAGGAAUUAUUCCAGCAUGGGUUGGAAAAAGGCUCAUAAAUUUGAAAAUUCUUCGCCUUCGGUCAAAUAGAUUUUUGGGUCAUAUUCCAAAUCAAAUAUGUGAUAUGAUUUUUCUUCAGGAUUUGGACCUUGCCCAAAAUAAUUUGUCUGGAAAUAUACCAAAAUGUUUCAACCACUUAAAUGCCAUGUUGCUAAAGAACAGGAUUACUACACUCAUAUGGGCAAAAGGAAGAGGUAUAGAGUACAGGAAUCUUCUUGGCAUGGUGACAAAUGUUGAUCUUUCUAAUAAUAAUUUAUCUGGAGGGAUACCCAGAGAAAUUACAAGUCUAGAUGGAUUAAUUUAUUUGAACUUGUCCAAGAAUCAGUUGACUGGCCAAAUUCCACAAAGCAUUGGCAAUAUGAGAUCAUUAGAAUCCAUUGAUUUCUCAAGGAAUCGACUUUCAGGAGAAAUCCCUUCGACCAUGUCAAACUUAAGCUUUCUUAGCAAGCUUGACUUGUCUUAUAAUCACUUGAGGGGGGAAAUUCCAAUAGGCACUCAAUUGCAAAGCUUUGAAGCAUCUAACUUUGUUGACAACAAUCUGUGUGGUCCGCCACUGCCCAUCAACUGUAGUUCCAAUCGGCAAAUUCCUGAUGAUGAUCACAAAGGCAAAAAGAAUGAUGGUCAUAAUGUGAAUGGGUUUUUUGUGAGUAUGACAUUUGGAUUUUAUAAUGACCCUAAAUGGUAA